GGGAAGAGAAAACAAUCCAGUUUUCCAGUGGCGAAUGAGUGACCUCACCACUUUUGUUUCACUCCGAGCUGACACAGACAUGAGCACGUAGGAUAGAUAAGAGCUGCACGGCUACACACUGAGGAAAUCCAACUCCAAAGUUUUUCCAAUGCUCAAAGUUACUCCUGGGAGGACAAAAGGGAACAAGCUGUUACACCGGGGGAGAGUUUAUCAAGCGAGGCUGAACCCUCCUGCGGAUUACUGAAGCAAUUAUGGCUUUUGCAUCCAGGAAGCACACAUCCCUCUUCCCCAUCCUCUUCCUCCUUUACUCCCCGCUCACCUGCCUAUGCCAGUCCCAAAACACCAACGCAACAAGCAGUUCCUCAACCACUCCUUCGACAAAUACUUCUGCGAUGGACGUACGAGGCUGUGGAAAGGGACUGAACCCGAUAUACCGGUACCUGUGUGAUCGGCGCGCAGCAUGGGGCAUCGUUCUGGAGACCCUGGCCUCUGCAGGCUUCCUGUUAAGUGUAGGUCUCCUUUUAGGCCUACUGCUCUGGACUCUGUGCACCUACGCGUGUUCCCGGCAGCGCCGCAGCAGCACCGUCGGGGGCACAGUCUUCUCCAUGUCCCUGUUCCUGCUGGCCACAGCCGGCAUCUUCGCCAUCACCUUCUCCUUCAUCAUCAAACUCACUCCCCAGACCUGCCCCACCCGGAUCUUCCUCUUCGGCGUGCUCUUCGCUUUGGCCUUCUCCUGCCUGCUGGCUCGCUGCCUCGCGAUGCUGGGCUUCGCGGCCGCCCGAAGCUGGGGGGAGCCAGCCGUGGCCCUGGGACUCUUCGUCGUGCAGGUUAUCAUCUCUACACAGUGGCUCAUCAUCGUCCUGGUCCGGGACAAGAACACCUGCGAGUACAGCCAGGAGGAGUUUGCCAUGCUGCAGAUCUAUGUACUGUGCCUACUGCUGAUUAGCUUAAUCAUGUCCUUCCAAAUCCUGUGCCGCACCUGCUUCACGUACACUUACAGCUACACGGGCCCCACCAACCAGCAGUGGAAGCCCCAGGCCGCGAUGCUCUGCUUCACCCUGCUGCUCUCCGCCUGCAUCUGGGUGGUGUGGAUUGCCAUGCUCACGAGGGGAAACCCGGAGGUGGGCCGCCGGCCGGGCUGGGACGACCCGGUGCUGAGCAUCGCUUUGGUAGCGAACGGCUGGGUGUUACUUAUGGGGCACGGUCUGUCCCAGGUCGCCUUCUUCUGCAGGGGGGAGGCCACAGCCCAGGAGCUUCCUCUGAGCUUCGCAGGCUGGAACACCGCCAAUGCCGAAAUGCCCGGACUGGGAAGCCAGAAGGAAGGAAAGGAAAACGGGAGCUUCGAGAACGACGGCGAGAACAGGAGAGGCAGGAGAGCCGAGCCGGCGCUGCGAUCCCCCUACGAGUCUGGCUUCUCCAUGACGGAGAUCGACCCCAACAAAGAUUACACCAUCCCUCGCCCUCAAACCACCAACUUCAAUCAACCCUAUGAUGAAUAUUAUGAACAAGAAUAAACCUACAUCCUGGCUCACAAAACGCACACAAAGAGCAUCUACUGCAAAGCCAAAGGUCACGGACGUAUAAAGGUGCAAGUGUAAAUAUUUUUAUUGGUGUCAUGCUCUGUAAGGUGUAGAACUCCUCGCUUUCAGCAAACGGAAUAAGAAUCAGGCGUUUUGACACACCGAGGCUGGGUGGAGAACAAGCCUCCACCACCAUGUGCCUUUGUGUGCAUGCACAGUCUGUCCUGAUCAGAGAUGUAUAGAAAAAGGCCGUGAGGUGAUAAAGGAGGCAUGAAACUGUCACCGUGGCGGUGCCAACCUGCUGAGGAGAGCCGGGACGUCUGAGAGGAGUGGAGAAAGGCCAAGAAAAGAGAUGAGGACAGGAUGGGAGACCUGUCAGGACGCGGCGGGACGGCCUGUGUCAUCACUGACUUCCAUCUUCUGGCUGAGAUUUACACUUUAGGUUGUUCUGAUGCUGGUAAAUUAAGUCUGCAUGGAAAAAUGUAUGCAAUAAUAUUCUGCCAAUAAAAAGUUCUCCGACAGAG